ACUCAUUUCAUUCAUUCAGAUAAAUAGUAAACAAAUGUUGUACCUAUACCCAAAAAAUAUCAAUAAAUUAUAAUUUUAAACAGGGACGUCUUACGAAUUUAAAACAAAAUAUUCAAUGAUUGUGUAGUGAUGUGAUCUUAAUGUAAUUUUAUAGAAAAAGCACGAAAAGAAUAUGGAACCGGCUUCUAUAUCAAGGGAUAGUGCGCACUACGACAAAGCCUCAUUUACAAUCGGACUUAUACUGGCUGUUUCAUCUAGUUUAUUUAUUGGAUCCAGUUUCAUUAUAAAAAAGAUCGCACUUAAAAAAAUAACAAGCACUGGAAGCCUGAGAGCAUCAGCUGGUGGAUUUGGCUACUUGAAGCAGUGGUUAUGGUGGCUCGGACUGAUAACAAUGGGUGUGGGCGAGGCGGCCAACCUGCUGGCGUACGCGUUCGCGCCGGCCGCGCUGGUCACGCCGCUGGGUGCGCUCAGCGUGCUGGUGGCCGCAGUCCUCGCUUCCAACUUCCUCAAUGAAAAACUUAACUUUAUUGGAAAAAUUGGAUGCUUCCUGUGCAUAGUGGGCUCAGUCAUGAUAGUUAUACACUCACCAAAAUCUGAAGAAGUGAAAUCCUUUGCAGAACUAACAAGCAAGUUCAGUGACACUAUGUUCAUCAGCUACAUGACUAUAAUAUUUGUUAUGAGUUUUGUUGUUAGAACAGUGUUUGCACCUAGAUUUGGAAACACCAAUAUUGUAGUAUACCUACUAUUGUGCUCUGCUAUUGGCAGUCUGACAGUGGUUUUCUGUAAGGGAGUUGCUUUAGCCAUAAAGGAAACAGUUAAUGGAGAUGUAAAUAACUUUUCCUCUUAUAUGUUUUGGUUGUUAUUAGUUAUGAGUGUGAUAUGUAUUAUGGUACAAAUGAAUUACCUAAACAAAUCACUUGAUAUAUUUAAUACUAGCUUAGUAACUCCAGUGUAUUAUGUGAUGUUCACUGUAUUAGUUAUUCUUGCUUCUGCUAUUCUCUUCCGGGAGUGGAAGCACAUGGAAUUCAAAGAUAUUCUAGGCUGUACCUGCGGGUUCACUGUAGUCAUUGUAGCUAUAUUCAUGUUAAAUGCUUUCAAAGAUAUUAAAAUAUCUUUUAAAGACUUAAAUAUUAAUGCCAAAAGAAAUAGAAGGCUUACUUCCAAUGGUGAAGAUGGAAUAAAUAAUGAAAAUUUUCUACAAAAUAUGGCACAAGGUACUAUUAGAUCAGAAGCAUAAACAUUAAUAUUGUUUUAGGUAAUUUAUUAAAUGAUAUUAAGUUAGCCAUGUUAAAACAAUUUUAUGUGGCAGUAGGUUUAUCAAUAAGCUUGUAUUUAUGGAAUGUAUAAAAUAAUGUGAGGAUUUUGGUUAUUGAAACAAAGAAUUAUACCAAAUACACUAUUAUAUUUUUAA